GCCGGGGCAGCCCGCGCACCUUCGUGGGGAGGAAGCGAGGUCCCGGGAGGAAGGAGUGGAUUUGGUUUCCCCGCAGUCUGGCUUACACGUAGAGAAUGCAGCCAUCUGGCGGCUUGCUGUCCCUGGACGUGCCCCGAAGGUUGAAGUUGGGCAAAGAUCAGACCCCUUUUUAGAAAGGUGUUCUGAACACCACUGACAAUACGGUUCUGACAGUGUUUCAUGACAAUGGAUGGUGACAGCGCUACGACAGAUGCUUCUCAACUAGGCAUCUCUGCAGACUACAUCGGAGGAAGCCACUAUGUGAUACAGCCUCACGAUGAUACUGAAGACAGCAUGAACGAUCAUGAAGACACAAAUGGCUCAAAAGAAAGUUUCAGAGAACAAGAUAUCUAUCUUCCAAUUGCAAAUGUAGCAAGGAUAAUGAAAAAUGCCAUACCUCAAACGGGAAAGAUUGCAAAAGAUGCCAAAGAAUGUGUUCAAGAAUGUGUAAGUGAGUUCAUCAGCUUUAUAACAUCUGAAGCAAGUGAAAGAUGCCAUCAAGAGAAACGGAAGACAAUCAACGGAGAAGAUAUUCUCUUUGCCAUGUCGACCUUAGGCUUUGACAGUUAUGUAGAACCUCUAAAAUUAUACCUUCAGAAAUUCAGAGAGGCUAUGAAAGGAGAGAAAGGAAUCGGUGGAACAGUCACAGCUACAGACGGACUAAGUGAAGAACUUACAGAGGAGGCAUUUACUAACCAGUUACCAGCUGGCUUAAUAACUGCAGAUGGUCAACAACAAAAUGUUAUGGUUUAUACAACGUCAUAUCAACAGAUUUCUGGUGUUCAACAAAUUCAGUUUUCAUGAUCUGAAGAAAUGGUGGCAUGGGGAGUGGAGAGAAGCAAAAGAGUCUGUACGAUUCCGGAAACAGAGACAUUAGAAGGAAGUGACUGGGGAAAAGAUGUCUCUUUGUAUAUUAAAUAGCUGUAAUGUAGCUUCCUGAUGCUUGACUAAUUGAGGUGUUAAUUGAGAAUCUUUUUCAUGAAUGAUUUUAAAGAAAAAUUUGGAUUUUAAAGGUAUUAAAAUAUUUUUGUUUUGUAUGAGAGUUUGUUGCUCUGUAUGACUCCUGUAUGCAUUGUAUAUUGCAAUUUAUUACUGUCAGAGAUUUGUAGACAGUUUCUUAUUUUCAUAUUGAAUCAUGUUACUUUUGUAAUUCAAGUAAGCAGCUGGGUUAAUUCAUGAUGUUUGCCCUUUUAAUAAAAUACAAGGGUAGAGUUCA